CUUGCGCGCACACAGAGAGGCGUGUAGUCAUCCUCCACAAGCUCGUCCCAGUUUGUGGAUUAAAUUCACGCUUUCUUCUCCCCCUCUCUCUCUUUUUUUUUUAAACUCCUGCUCCUCCUUCGUCUCUGGUUUCGUGUUACAAAGCCCUGGGAGGGAGCCGCGCGGAGAGCCAGUUCCUCUCCAACUGAAUGACAGGAUCAUAUGGCUUGAUUUCUCCGCUCUUUCCAUCCGCAUAACAGCCGAAACAAACUACUGCGGAGAGACGACGGAGCAGGACUUUGUUUUUUUCCCGUGGAAUUAUUUGCAAAUCCAUUCUGAGGAGGAGAAGAGAGGCGAGAUAACGGAGGAAGGUAGCGGAUACUGGCCGGAGAGGGAAGCCAUCUCCACCAACCGCGGAGGGAGACGGACCCAACGACAGCCCUGAACAUCCACCAACGUAAUAACAUGUGCAGUCAGUUUCAGCAGUGACGUCAUAGCCCAAUGUGACCUCCGUCAGACUCAACCGUCUCCCCUUCUGCGUCCAGGAAUAAAGAGGAGAAACCAACGGCGGGAGGAGACCAGAAAAAAAACAACAGGCUGCCAAUAGCCAGGCUGGCUCCACCGACCGUCUAUUGAUCCAUCAAUCCAUCUAUCAGAGCCAUUUCCGACGAUGAGACCCGACACGAGAGGCAUGGACAGGACGAAGGUCUUGCUCCUGAUGUUUCUUCUCGGAUUGGAAUUGUGUCAGAGUCUCAAUUGGAACCCUAUUCCUCGCAAGACGGUUCGAUACCAGGAUGUCCUGGACAGCAUGGCACGGUUCAGUGUUCAGGGAGUCUCCAACUACAGCAUGCUGACACUGUCGGACCAUGAAAGAGUUCUGUACAUCGGUGCCCGGGAGGCUCUGUUCGCUCUGGACCCGAACGACAUCAGCAGGCAGCUGCGACCCCAGAUCGACUGGCCGGCACCACAGGACAAGAAGAGGGAGUGCGUCACCAAGGGGAAGAGCAACCAGACCGAGUGCUUUAACUACAUCCGCUUCCUGCAGAGCUACAACCACACGCACCUCUACACCUGCGGCACCUACGCUUUCCAGCCCAAGUGCACCUACGUGAAUGCUGAUUAUUUUACCCUCAACUCCGCUGCUCUGGAGGACGGCAAGGGAAAGUGUCCGUAUGACCCUGCCAAGGGCCACACUGGCCUCAUCGUCGAUAAGGAGCUCUACUCAGCGACACUCAACAACUUUUUGGGGACGGAGCCAGUCAUCCUGAGAAACCUGGGGCAACAGCAUUACAGCAUGAAGAGCGAGUACUUACCUGCCUGGCUCAAUGAGCCGGACUUCGUAGGAUCUGCCCUGGUGCGGGAGAGCAGCGGUAGCAAGAACGGGGACGACGACAAGAUCUACUUCUUCUUCAGCGAAAGAGCCUUGGAGCUCGACUGUGACACGGAGCUGACUGUGGCCAGAGUGGCUCGUGUCUGCAAGGGUGAUCUCGGUGGCACUCGGACGCUGCAGAAAAAGUGGACCACCUUCCAGAAAGCUCGGCUGGAGUGCUCGCUCCCCGAGCGCCACGUUUCCUUCAACAACCUCCGCGCCGUCUACACGCUGCCGGGUCAGGACUGGCGCGGCACCACCUUCUACGGCAUCUUCCAUGCUCAGUGGGGCGACGUGGACGUGUCUGCCGUGUGUCAGUAUCAGAUCAAUGAUGUGAAGAAAGUCUUCGAAGGAUCUUACAAGGAGUACAGAGAUGCGUCACAGAAGUGGGGGCGCUUCUCCGGCCAGGUCCCCAGCCCGCGGCCCGGAUCGUGCAUCACUAACACGGACAGGGAGAGCGGCUACAGCAGCUCCCUGCAGCUCCCUGACGCUACGCUCAACUUCGCUAAGAAGCACCCGCUGAUGGAGGACAAGGCUCUAGCUCGCCCCCUGCUGCUCACCAAGGGGGUCAACUUCACCAGGCUGGUGGUCGAUCGGGUCAGCGGCCUUGACCAGCGGGCCUACAACAUGCUGUUCAUCGGCACAGCGGAGGGUUGGCUGCAGAGGGUGGUGGUCCUGGGCACCGAGGCUCACGUGAUCGAGGAGAUCCAGCUGUUUGAGAGCGCCCAGCCCGUCGACAGCCUCACCAUCUCACACUCCAAGAAGUACGUCUACAUCGGCUCUCGCUCUGAAGUUCUGCAGCUUCCCCUGGCCAACUGCAGUCGCUACCAGUCUCAGCCGGACUGUCUGUUGGCGCGGGAUCCCUACUGUGCGUGGGACAGCGAGGGCCGGGCCUGCGUCCGCAUCGAUCUCCAUCGAGGAUCCACCUCGUCCUUGUCACAGGACCUCACGCUGGAGCGGUUCAGCCGAGGGAAACCCAAGUUCGACAAGCCCGUCUCGAUCCCGAGCCCCGAGCACUCUCGUCUAAAGAACGUCACCGUGGUUGUGGGCUCGGACAUGGUGCUUCCCUGCCAGCUGGUGUCGAACUUGGCGCAGCCCUGCUGGCUUUUCAACGACCGGGAGCUCCUGCUGGGUGACCCGGAGGCUGGAGGCCCCCGUUUCGACAGGACCCUCAAGGCUCUUGUCGUCCCUGAAGCGGGCCAGAUGCAAGCAGGUCGCUAUAUCUGCUACUCAGAGGAGCAGGGCGUCAAGUUUCAAACUGAGCGCUACCAAGUGGCCGUCGUGGCCAGCGCUCCUGUCUUCAUGGAGGCGCGGGCACCCGACAGCAGCAUGGGGCUCUUCUGGGUCCUGGUCAUCACCCUCGGGGCAGCUUGCCUCCUCCUCCUGGUCGCAGCACUUUACCUGCGGCGGAGGCUGAAACUGGCGCUUGGAAAGGGAGCGGACAUGAAGCCGUUGGAGAGUACCCUGGUUUACCCCAUCACCCUCCCCAAAGAGCCGCCCACUUUUGUGCCCAGCAAGAUGCCGAGCGAUGAGGAGCGCUUUUGGGAGACAGGGGCAAAUUACUACUACUCAGAUGGUUCGCUGAAGAUUGUUCCCGGCCACGCCUUGGGGCCCAGCAGUGUGAGCAGCACGGCGUCGCCCAGCGCCAUUCCGGGCCAGCCCAUCCACUCCCCGAGCCGCCUCAGCCUCACCAACAUCCGAGGGUCUGGUAGCAACGGCUACAUUCGCCUCAACCUGAGCACGGCAGGGGAGGAGCGGGCUAGCGGGGCUGGUGCUGGGGGCGGUGGGCUUGCGGGCCUGGGGAUGGGCGGGAACGACUACUCCAGCCCCUUUAAGGAGGAGUUGAGACGCACCUUGCAGCAGAGGAGCGUGUUGCCGGACGCCAACCCAGAGGAGUCGUCCGUCUAACCCUCUUUAAAAUGGAACAACAGAACAACCAAGCUACCUCCCUGCUGCUGAGAACGCCUGCUCUCUUUCAGAGACCCUUCACUCUCUCGCUCUGCCAUUGCCUGUCUGGCUCACUGUAGACAUUGAUAGCAUGUUCCACAUACUGUACACACCCACGUGUUCGCCAACAUGCUCUUCUGUUUCAGUGGUGAUCUCGCACCGUGACGCCAUUCAGUCGCCACUUGUGUAAAUUGUGAACUUAGUGAAUGCAGAGGGGACAACUUUGAGCGCGGGAAGCAAACAAGUGUUUUCUGAAGGGCACAUUUCCAUUCUGUUGAGCGGACCAAGCGGAGGAUGAGACGAAGACUGGCGAGUGCAACUGACUGGCUCACUCUCGCACCCCUUCUUCUGAGAGGUCUUCAGCUUCUACUGCACUUAAAACCGGAGGCAUGUCUCCCUUCUUUUGUAUUUGUGAACUGAGCGCCCGAGAGAGGUGGGAAAAAAAGGACUAAUUAAUCCUGCAGCAAGACGACAAUCAUGUCCUCGUAGAAUGAGCUCCAUGCUGGACUGAGGCGAGCAAGAGAUCGGACCUCUGUCCAGGAACAAAGUGAAAUGAAAUCUUUUUUUUUUUUUUUUUUAAAUGAAGGACAAUCUCCCCGGACACUUUCUUGUUGUCGUCUUCUUUCCCUUCUGAAUAGUUGUGACAGUAGGUUUGAUCCUCGUUCUUUUCUAAUGUUUUACGGACGACAGCAGGGUUCAAGGACACCAGGCGAUCGGCUCCUCUUUGUGACUGACUGCAGCCCUUGCGCCAUGACCCACUCAUGCACCUUCAAGUUUGAUAAUCCUCCAGGGGGCGCUCCAGUUUCAUUGGACUGACUGUUUGGACUGUUUGAUGCGUGUUGCGUCGGAGCUCCUCUGGAUGUGGGAUCGCGCUCCAGAGAUAUGAAAGUUCUGUUCUGAGACAUUAGCAUGCAGAAUGUUGCUGUGGAUGUUUUUCAAAAGUGCUUUAUAGCGGCGGGGGGUGACAAACUUUGCCAAGAUAUACUGCCCCCCCCAAACACACACAGUUCUCUGAAGGCCAACAAUCAAGAAAGACUCAUGAAACGCCACCCUCACCCCAAGACUGACCAGCUACUGUGGACACAAGCAAGAAGGAGCCAUGUAGAACACACACGUCGGGGAUACGGCUGGAGAACCAGUUAAAGGACGUCUGGAACUGGACCAGGACCACAGCAAGAUCAUUUAAAAAAGAAGGACUGAAAUCCUUUGCUUCACUGUGUUUAGAUGGACGUAGAAGAGGUGUUCCAUUCGUGGUGUUGCAUGAUCCACUGCAGAUGGACGCCACAUCUUUGAUAUCCUCGUUCCAGUGCAUCUUUGUAUUGACUCUUUUGGACUUUUGCAGACGCUAACAUUGUGAAACACUAAUGGUCUUUGGAAAAAAACCAACUGUUUUUAUGGCUCCAGGUUGUACAGGAUUUCACGGCUCCAUUGUUUACUUCUUCUGUGCCUCUUCACCUUUGGAAAAGCCAAAGUAGACUGCAGACAGUUUUGUUCUUGUUCAAAUGCUUGGAUGAAUUAUAUUUGAAGUCAAAGUGUUUAAGUAUUUAAGUCCGUCCUCUUCGGUCACCAGGAGCUGAUGUGGCCCCUUUUUUCUUUUUUUUUUUUUUUUUUCUCGCUGCGCGAUAAGCCUCCAGCUGAGCUAAACAAAUGUGCUUGAGGCUGGCAGACUUCCUGUUCUCUUCUUGUUUACAUGUACUAAUGAUCUGCUGGUCCUGAUUCUUGAUCUCUUAUCUUCACUGAGGCUGCGUGUUCAACCAAAACUGCCAUUCAAUCCCGCCCCCCUCUCGAUUCAAAGCAGACAGAAUGUGUUUCGGUUUAGUCUUAAAAUUCCCCCCAAAUUGAAAACACUGGUACUUAAGUCGCGUCUUACUUCAACUUUGUUCGAUUGGAUUUGUGAUCAAAAUUGUUCAGAAUAAUGCUCAUGCCAGAGAAAAUGCAUGUGUGAUGUAUUUAAUGUGACUUCUGUUCCUGCUUUCUUCUCUCAGUUUUUUUACUGUCGUGUUUUAUUUUUGCCUCAGUUUUGCUUGUCUAAAAUGGAUCUUAUAUGUUUUAAAGUAUGUUAAAUAACUUAUUUCAUCUGUACAAACAUGUUGAUAUUUAUUAUCAUUGUACAUACGUGCUUAUUUUUUAUAUGUGUAUAUGCAUAUA